GAAGUAAACGAGUGAAGAUAAUUGAAGGAGCGAUGGCUACUGUUAAACUUUCAGUUGUGAUGGCAAUCACUCUUAAUAUGAUCUAUAAUUUUGGUUGCGACGGAUUCCCUACAGUCCAAAAAACAAUCGACACAAUACAAGCUCCCGCGGUUAAUGAUGAGUAUUUUAUUAACCAACACGGGAUCGACUUAUUUCAACUUUAUUCCAAUGAGCAACCGGGUUUUGAAAUCCAGCAGAGGAGUCGCCGAGAUACAACAAAAGAAUCAAACUCCAAUACAGAAACGGAAGAACAUCAUCAAGGCUCCAGUAAAUUUGGAAUCGGUAUUGGGAUCUUAGGCAAGCCAGUGGCAUCAUUCGAAACCAGCAAAAGUCAUUUAAACAACAAGUGGUCGUCAGUUAAUCAUACCAGCAGAGCAACGUCUUCUUCGCGCUUCUUAGGUUUCGGUAAGGAGCAGCACGAUACCAAUACGGAGGAAGAAACAAAAAAAGAAUCGGAAAACGACGAGUCAAAAGAGUCUGGUGUAAAAUUCGGUUUGUUUGGAUUUGAAUCUGCAAAGAUUGGCACUCGUCACAGCAGUUCUUCUCAUGAUUUUAUGAGAAAUCAUCAAGGCUUUGAUCAUAAGAAAAUUACUUUCACCACAGAAAAAAGCUUAUUGGGGAAUAUAAUGCCAUGUUGCUCGUUAUAAUUUACAGGUGAUCUUUAUUGAUGAUGAAAAAAUCUCGUUUGAACGACAAAAUUUUCAUGCAAGUGAUUAAAAAUCGGCUUACUUAUAUUAUGGCUAUGAAUAUGAAUAUAUGUACAACUGUUAAAUGAAAUAAACAGCAAUUAUCUUAAAAUU